GAGCACUACGCGGGCAGAGCGGCGAAACAGUUGUGCGAGAGUCGCGCCAUGACGAUCGCAAACAAUGCGUUCCCUGUGGGAGCGAGCUACCAUGGCGGCAAUGAGCGGGCCAAUUGGCUCGACCACGCGUGCUUCCCCCGUGACUGCAUAGACAGGGUUUUGACGUUCGUGCGAUCGUACCAAUCGAUCAGAAGAUCGCUGGCGAUGCCAGACAAGAAGCCGAGGGACCUCACCGCCCAUUACUACGAGAUCGCAGUGCAUCUGGACCAUGGCAGCACACGAGGCGGACACAUUCAGGAUCACCUGGGCUUGGCUAGGGCGCUGAGCUCCAAGCGCGCGGCCCCCCUUGUCAGAACCGAG